GACAACCCAUCCUGAUCCUAGCAAAUUGUUCUUUAGAUCAUUGUUCUUAAGAGCUGUCUGUCAUUUCAUGUAUCUUGCAAGCCCCUGGAAGUCUGUUGUUUAGAGACAGCUCUGUAGUGCAGGCAAGCCUGGAUUUCACUAUGUAGCCUCAGGCUGGCCUCAGACUCAUCUGACUUUCCUUCUUCUACUUUGCUAGUGCCAACAUUUUGUCUAUGAGCCCCCAUGCCAAGCUUGUGCCACGCCUCUGGAGAGCUUCAGUUUAUUUGUUCUGUGAUUAUUUUAUCUUGCUAAUUCACAUUGUUCCCGGUUUUCUUUAUUAUUACUUAACUAAAUAAUCGUUAUUAUCUUUAUUUUGGCAGAAAGUCUAGCUAUCUAAUCCAGGCUGGCCAUGGGUUCAUGGUCCUCUUGCUUUAGCUUCCCACAUACCAAGAGUGCAGCCCUGUGCUACCAUACCUAGCUCUUGCCUCUGCUUGUAAUGUCCCAGAAGGGUCUGCAGUGCUGCAGGCUCUGAGUCGGCCACUCUUCAUUCUCCUACUUACCCCUAGCUUUGCGUUACCCAGAAGGCAAAUGCCAGUGUGGCCUCAGAGUCUUGUCCUUUCCCCCCUUUCUGGCUGUUCCCAGAUACCGGUGACAUGCAAGAGGUCAUGCGGUUUUGAGUUUCCUGUUCUUGCCACACUUUAUACGUUGAAGGUUGCAUGAGCCACUUGAAGGGAUGUUGGUGUGAGAGAGGUCAGGCUUAGUUUUCGAGGGGCCUCGCAAAGCCUGUGGCUGAGGCUGCUUCCUUAUUUGUCAGAAGUCUGAAGCUAAUCAGAGGGCAAGAAAGACCUUUCAUCCACUCGGCUGCUUCCAUUUGCUUGUUAGCUCAUGCCCAGCCUCUUGGCAUCAUCGGGGUUGUGUGCCUGUCUGGCAAGCAUACAGCCAAGCAACCCUUCUUUCCAGAAGGUAGGAGCUUUUUCUAAAAUACUAGAAAGUGUUACAUUUGGGUCAAAAAACUCUUAAGCUCACGGAAACUCUCCCUUUCAGCCACAAGGUACGGCAGUGCUCUCCUUUUAUCCCAGCACUCAAAAGCCUGAGGCAAAAGGAUUAUGAGUCUAGACUGGUCUGGAGUAUGUAACAAGACUUUAUCUCAACAAACAAUCCAAAAUGAACAAAUAUAAACAAAAAACAGGGGCUGGAGCUAUGACUCAUAGGUUAAGAGCACUGGCUGGCCUCCCAGUGGACAGCCUUCCAGAGGUCUUCCAAGAUGCCCAUCGUGGUAGAUGACAUCAUGAAGCUUCUAUGCUCCAUUUCCCAGGAGAGGAAAAUGAAGGCGGCCUUCAAGCACUCUGGAAGGGGUGCCAUGGUUGUGGGGGCAAUGGCCUUCGUCGGUGGUUUGGUUGGUGGCCCACCAGGAUUAGCUGUUGGGGGGACUGUUGGGGGCCUGUUAGGUGCCUGGAUGACGAGUGGACAGUUCAAGGCGGUUCCUCAAAUCUUAAUGGAACUGCCCCCUGCUGAACAGCAGAAACUCGCUAAAGAAGCCGCUGCCAUCAUCGGGAACUUGGACUGGACAGACGCUGUGCAGCUGACUGCUCUGGUCAUGAGCAACCAGGCCAUGCAGCAGAAGCUCUUGGCCAUGUUAACAACAUAUGUCACCAAGGAGCUGCAGGCCGAGAUCUGCUAUGAUGACUAGGCCACUCCCCCUGGGGUAUGGGGCUUUUUUAGAUGAUUCUAGGCUCUCAGAUGGCCACCAGGGGAAAGCCUGACAGGUACCUGCAUAUUACCACCAGCGUUGACUGUAAGCUGGAGUGUUGCCACAUCCUGUUGGACUGUCCCUCGGGAGGGGCCUUGGCCAUGCUGUGUGUGUGUGCUGUGGAAAGGUACAGGCACAGCAACUGUUGGCAUUCACAGACAGCUUGGGAGUCCUGCUGAUCGUGUGGCUCUAAAAGAAGUUGUCAUGCUGGCUGGCUGGCUGUGCCCGAUGCUCCUCUUCCUGUGAAGAGGACCCCCUCGUACCUGUCACAGGAUUGGGUCCCCUUAGGCUCUGGAGUCUGGGGGUUCAGAGCCAAUUCUUGUCCGGAUCGUGCUUACCUGCUGAGUGUCUCCCUCCUUUGCCCAGGGACUUCCCAGUGGUUUCAUGGUGAUAGUGAUUCCUCUGAGUGAAGCCACAGAUGCCAGGCAGUCUCUAUAUUCUGCCAAUGGCUACACCCCCAAGCUCUCUUGAGUAACCCUGGUUAAGCUUUCAGGGUCUUCUGCCUCCUUAUGGAAAAAUCAUGGCACUUCUUUAUUUUUACUGUCAAUUCAGAACCCUUUUUGUUCUCUACACUUUUGAUUUUUUUUUCUUCUUAUUCUUACUCUGUUGCCUGGGCUGGCCUUGACCUCCUCAGCUCAGGUGGUCUUGCUACAUAGCUGGCUGGGACCGUAGGCUUGUGCCACCAUACCUAGCUUUACCUCAAAGACCAUCUUUCACUCCCCUUUAUCUAAGUAAGUUCUAUGUUCUCCUCUCUGCACUGGCUGCAAUCUUCAAUUAAUUGUGUGAAAAGACAAAAUCAACAAUGAACCGAGUUCAGAGAUCCUAACUGAGCUAGGUGCUGUGAUGCCCACCCAUGGUCCCAGAUAAUUGAAAGGCCAAAGCAGGCACAUUCCUGAGCCCAGGAAUUCAAGGCCAACCUCGGCAACCUCUCAGAAGCUGGGAGAUAGGAGGGGGCACGACACACCAUCUUAUUUGGCUGUGAAUGUUCCGAUGAGCUAGAAAGAGAAAAUAGAUAGAGGAGACCAAGGGAAAGCAGAAAUAACAAAAGUGCUAGGUUAACCUCCCGUGAAACUGGCUCACAUCUGACAAGUAGUGUGUGUGUGUAUGUGUGUGUGUGUUUGUGUGUGUGUGUGUGUGUGUGUGUUGUGGAUGGAACCCGGGGCCUUGCAUGAGCUAGGUAAGUACCACCACUGAGCCUUGCUUCCAGCCCUCUCUUGGAAGAUCCAAGGCAAAUGCUCUACCACUGAGCCUAGUCCCAGCCCUUGAGAGGCUCAAUUUUGGCUUGGCCAGUUGUUUCUAGUGCUGGAGCUCACCCAAGUAACAUUGUAUACAAUUGAUUAAACAUUUGACACUUCCCUUUUAUCCUCUGUUGGAGAUGCUCACUCAGGGAGGGCAAGAGCUGUAUGUCUUGGUCACCCCUAUCUCCAGCUUGGUCUUGCUUGGCACCAUGGCUUUUAUGUGGUAGAUGCUAAAUAAAUAUUUAUUUUUAAAGCUA